GAAAUGGCUACCACAAACCAUUCUUUGGUGACUGAUUUUAUCCUUGAAGGGUUAACGAGAUGCCCAGAUCUUCAAUUACCACUCUUCCUCUUGUUUCUUGGAAUAUAUGUGGUCACAGUGGUGGGGAAUUUGGGCAUGAUUCUCUUAAUCACCAUCAGCUCUCAACUUCACUCCCCAAUGUAUUAUCUUCUCACUCAUUUAUCCUUCAUUGACCUCUGCUACUCCUCUGUCAUUACCCCUAAGAUGCUGGUGAACUUUGUGUCAGAGAGGAACGUGAUCUCCUUUCUGGAGUGCAUGACUCAACUUUACUUCUUCCUGAUUUUUGUCAUUGCAGAAGGCUACCUCUUGACUGUCAUGGCCUAUGAUCGCUAUGUUGCCAUCUGUAGCCCACUACUUUACAACAUAGUCAUGUCCCACAGGGUCUGUGCCAUAAUGAUGGCUGUUGUGUACUCACUGGGAAUCUUUGGGGCCACUGUCCAUACCACCCGCAUGUCAAUGCUAUCCUUCUGUGGGUCUCAUAUUGUGAGCCAUUACUUUUGUGACAUUCUACCCUUGCUGACUCUUUCUUGCUCCAGUACACAUAUCAAUGAGAUACUGCUGUUUAUUAUUGGAGGAAUUAAUACCUUAGCACCAACACUAGCUGUCAUCAUCUCUUAUGCCUUCAUCCUGACUUGCAUCCUCCACAUCCGUUCCACUGAAGGUCAGUCCAAAGCCUUUGGUACCUGUAGUUCCCACAUCAUGGCUGUGGGCAUCUUCUUUGGGUCUAUUACAUUCAUGUAUUUCAAGCCACCUUCCAGCAAUAAUAUGGAACAGGAAAAAGUGUCUUCUGUUUUCUACACCACAGUGAUUCCAAUGCUUAAUCCCCUUAUCUACAGCCUGAGGAGCAAGGAUGUGAAGAAUGCACUGAAGAAGGUGAUUGGUGGAAGGCAGUCAUCCUAA